AAGAAGAGGGGGUGCGGUAGUAGCAGAGCGCCAACGCCAACCAACCAACCAUUGCAGAUAAGCACAUCUUCGAAGUCCCCACCAAACCAACUCAACACGUGUCAUCCACACGAUUUUCCUCUUUUGGAUUUCCUACUACCACUACUACUACUACAUCCUUCAUCCAUUACAUAAUUCACUCAAUCGAUACACUCUGUGAAGGAGAAAAAAGUUCCAAAUUAAAUUUGAUUUGAAGCACAAGAUGGCUGCAACCACAACUUCGCUAUGUUCUUCUACCCUCCAAUCUCAGAUCAAUGGACUCCCCCUUCACAAGACUUCUCUUUUCCACCCCCCUUCUCUCACUUUCUCCAGGAGGAAAAUGUCAACGUUGGUUAAGGCUUCAUCUCGUGUCGACAAGUUUUCAAAAAGCGACAUCAUUGUUUCUCCAUCUAUUCUUUCAGCUAACUUUGCAAAAUUGGGAGAGCAGGUGAAAGCAGUGGAGUUGGCUGGUUGUGAUUGGAUUCAUGUUGAUGUUAUGGAUGGUCGCUUCGUUCCAAAUAUUACAAUUGGACCUCUUGUGGUUGAUGCAUUACGCCCUGUGACGGAUCUACCAUUGGAUGUACACCUGAUGAUUGUAGAACCAGAACAGCGUGUGCCAGAUUUCAUCAAAGCAGGAGCUGACAUAGUCAGUAUUCAUUGUGAACAAUCUUCCACUAUCCAUUUGCAUCGUACCAUUAAUCAAGUGAAAAGCCUGGGAGCUAAAGCUGGAGUUGUCCUAAACCCUGGUACCCCACUAGGUGCAAUAGAAUAUGUCCUUGAUGUGGUUGAUUUGAUCUUAAUUAUGUCUGUAAACCCUGGCUUUGGCGGCCAGAGUUUUAUUGAGAGCCAAGUAAAGAAAAUUUCUGAUUUGAGAAGAUUGUGCGUGGAGAAGGGUGUGAAUCCAUGGAUUGAAGUGGAUGGCGGGGUUACUCCGGCAAAUGCUUACAAGGUGAUUGAGGCUGGAGCUAAUGCACUGGUCGCUGGUUCUGCUGUGUUUGGAGCUAAAGAUUAUGCUGCAGCUAUAAAAGGAAUCAAAACUAGCAAAAGACCUGAACCAGUUGCUGUGUGAAAUGCCUCCAUGGUAUCCUAUCCAUUCUACAAUCCAAUACAAUAUUCAUGGUAAGCUGGCUUACUAGGCAUCAUUAUGUUGCCUGGGUUGCUAUCACCACCAGCAAUUGCUUAUCUAUGGAAUUCACUAGGAAUCAGCCAAGUAAGGCUUCUGCUGUGAUAUGCAUAUUUGUGUAUAAUCUCUCGGAGUAUCAGAACAUUUUUAAUUCACAUUAAAGCGCUCUACUGUCUAUCAGCUUGUAACUUUUGGUUGUGAAUUCCCCCAUAUUGUAAAGUAGUUUGUGCUUUUUAACACUAUAUAAGGUUGAAAGAAAACCGGCUAUAAUUUUUCUGUUGUUUCUCGAAGUUAAUAUCUCAUCCCUAGCUCAGAGUGUCAAUAUAACAUUCCUUAACCUCUUAUAUUGUCCUUGUAUUGCGUAUAUUUGAAGCCAAGAGAACCUCAUGCAA